CAUGUUUCUGACUAUAAAUGUGCAUUGAUUCCUACACAAUUGAUUGCGAAUUUAUAACGCGACAAUGGAUAACCCCGUCGCACCCUCUGAUGAAGGAUUUCUGCAUGAAUCGCUUGAAACUCCUAUAAUUGAUGGUCCAUUGUCUAUCACUGAUCCCGAUCCUGAACCCUCGCAUACCUUUGACAUCGAUAUUGAAGCUCCUCCAUCAAUUCCCACCGGCUUGCCUGAGGAUGCGUCACCCGACACAGCCAAUAGCGAGUCUAGCAGUCUUAAGCGUUCAAAGCCGCACGAUGAACCCGACGAAGGGUGGCAGACUGUAGAUCGUCUCUCCAAAAAGUCAAAGAAGGAAAAGAAAGAGAAGAAGAUUCCGAGCCCACAAUCGACCAAUUACCCUUCUAUCACAUUCAACUACAACGCAAAACUCCAAUCUAAGAUCGCACUAGAUUCUCUUCGGAAUCUAAUUCUUUACAUAUUUUCUGAAGGAACUGCGCCCCAAUGGGUCGCAAUUUCCCAACGGCCGCAAUUCCGAAAGAUUGUCGCAAUCAUGGUACCGGGACUGGAGGAAGCCAUGUUUAAGCAGGAUGUCGAUUUCGCUACAUAUAAUGACCAGCCUUUCGAUCUUGAUCAAAGACCUCGAGUAAUGACAUCUCCGGAUGACUACUACCCACGACUACUCAAGAAAGACGAGCUUCCGGAUAUCUUGAAGGAUUUCGCCGAUAUGUUUCCCCAUCUCUGGCCAGUCAAGACCCCGGGGAACGAAAAGUUUGGCCAUUUACGUUCACCAUUAGGUACUAUGCUCACGGCGCCAGUUGAGAAGGCUAAGGAAGAGAAGGGUAAGGGUGUCCAGGCCGCGAAGGAGCCGAAGGGCUGGAAAGAUCAACGCACAAGAAUAACAGAGUUUUUGACGAUGCCGGAGGAUUUUCAAGCAAAUGGGUAUGUCCUACAUCCUGCUUGUAUACCAGCAGAGCGGCGCAAACACUUCGAAGAUCUACCUGGCUGGGUUCACACCAACGUAGAGGAUUUUGCGGAUGGCGAUGUUCCAGAAGAAGAAAUUCAACAAGGAAGUAUCACGGCUGGCCGAGAAAUCCUCGCGCUCGAUUGUGAGAUGUGUGUUACGGGCCCAGAUGAAUAUUCUCUUACGAGGAUCAGUUUAUUGAGUUGGGACGGGACUAUGGUCCUAGAUGAACUCGUCAAACCAGACAAGCCAAUAAUCGACUAUGUCACCCGUUUCUCCGGCAUCACAGAGGAAAUGCUGGCCCCUGUAACCACAACACUGGGAGAUAUACAGUCGAAGCUCCUCGAAAUUCUCCAUCCACGAACGAUCCUUGUAGGACACUCAUUAGAUGCCGACCUAAAAUCUUUACGACUUACCCACCCUUUCAUCGUCGACACCUCCAUUCUCUUCCCUCACAACCGAGGGCCUCCGCUCAAGAAUAGUUUAAAGUUUUUGACCCAACGAUUUCUCAAGCGCGAGAUUCAGAAAGGAGUUGCCGGUCAUGAUUCGAUCGAAGACGCCAAGGCAUGUCUGGAUCUUGUAAAACAGAAGUGCGAGAAGGGGAAAUCUUGGGGCAACCAUGAAGCGCAAGGCGAGAAUCUCUUCCGGCGAUUAACUCGCGCCGGCAAGGCUUAUCGCGCGAAUGGUGGGGUCGAAGCCAAGGGAGGUGUCCAUGUUGGCAAGACAAGCGCUAUGGUCGACUGGGGCGACCCGAUGAAGGGUGCUGGUGCAGCAUCAACGUUCCCCAUCGGAUGUAAGUCCGAUGAAGAGGUAGAAGAGGGCGUCAUGCGCGCUGUGAAAGGCGACCCUGUCGCUGAGGAGAUACCGUUCGGCGGCGCCGAUUUUAUCUUCGCACGAUUUCGAGAAUUAGAGGCGCGCCAAGGAUGGUGGAAUAACAAGAGCGAUAUUGCACCUCCUGAUCUGUCGGACAUAUCUCUUGAGACUUGCGUCCAGAACCUCACCCAGCGUAUCAAGCGCAUAUACGACAUGCUACCUCCCUGUACGGGAUUUAUCGUGUUCAGCGGCUCCGGCGACCCCCGAGAGAUGGGCCGUCUACAAGCUAUGCAGGCUCAGUUCAAGAAGGAGUACGCGGCGCCCGGCAGUAGUUGGGAUAACCUAAGCGUCAAAUGGACGGAUAGGGAGGACCAGGCUUUGAAGAAGGCGGUCAGCGUUGCGCGGAAUGGCAUCGGGUUCAUCGGCGUCAAGUAAAUUGUGUCUUGGGGUGUUGUAUAUCGCGGCAGUCUUUGUUGGCUUGUAUAGGCAGGUAGUGGAAAGGAAGUCUAGGAGGUGAGGCGCAUGAGAUACGAGUCAUGAGUGCGGUCUGGCAUUGGGAUUAAGAGAUACCCCAUUUUCAUACUCUUUGCAAUGGAUACGUGCUAUCCUUGAUAUAUUAGAAGAUAGUUGAUCUGAUCAACAACUUUGGCGUCAUUGGCUCGUCUGCUGCUAGUUACACAUUUUUGGAUUGAGUGUACCUGUUGGAAGCUUCAAUGCAGUAGUCUCAGGGUUCUAUAACUAGAUCUAGAUAUAGGUAGCUAUAACAUUUAUUGUUGCCUCUUAAUUAUCAUCCAUGG